GGCGGCGGGCGCCCCUCGUCGUCGUCCCCCGUGGCCGCCCCGCUGCAGCAUGCCCGCCGCCUCGACCCCCCGGCCCGCCCGCCCGCCGGCGCUGCUGCUGCUGCUGCUGCUGGCGGCGGGGGGGUCCGCGGCGGCGGCGGCGGCGGCGGCGGGGGGCCAGGCGCGGGGGGGUCCCUUGCCGCCGCCGGCCGCCCCCGUGGCCAUCAUGGGCCUGAUGCCGCUGAGCGAGGCGGCCGAGGAGGGGGCCAUCGGGCGCGGGGUGCUGCCGGCCAUGCAGCUGGCCCUGGAGCAGAUCCUGCGCGAGGCGCUACUCAGCCCCUACGCCCUCGACCUGCGCUACUACGACACCGAGUGUGACAAUGCAAAGGGGCUCAAAGCCUUCUACGACGCAAUAAAAUAUGGGCCAACACACCUAAUGGUUUUUGGUGGAGUAUGUACAACUGUGACAUCCAUUAUUGCUGAAUCUCUAAUAGGAUGGAAUUUGGUCCAGCUCUCAUUUGCAGCAACUACACCAGAGUUAGCUGAUAAGAAAAAGUACCCUUAUUUCUUCCGGACUGUGCCAUCCGAUAAUGCUGUGAAUCCUGCAAUUCUGAAGUUGCUUAAACAUUAUCAGUGGAAAAGGGUGGGAACUCUGACUCAAGAUAUACGGAGAUUUUCUGAGGUACGGAAUGAUCUGACUGGCGUCCUGUAUGGUGAAGACAUCGAAAUCUCAGACACGGAGAGUUUUUCCAACGACCCCUGCACCAGUGUCAGGAAGCUCAAGGGAAAUGAUGUUCGAAUUAUCCUUGGCCAGUUUAAUGAGGAAAUGGCAGCAAAAGUAUUCUGCUGUGCAUAUAAUGAAAAUAUGUAUGGCAGUAAGUAUCAGUGGAUCAUUCCUGGAUGGUAUCAGAGUUACUGGUGGGAGCAAGUUAUUCCGAAGCUAAAUACAUCACACUGUCUCAGUAGAGACCUUCUCAAAGCCAUGGAAGGAUAUAUUGGAGUGGAUUUUGAACCUCUCAGUUCUAAAGCGAUAAAAACCAUUUCAGGAAAGACUCCACAGCAGUAUGAAAAUGAAUAUAAUGAAAGGCGGGGAACUGUUGAGUCAAGCAAAUUCCAUGGCUUUGCUUAUGAUGGAAUAUGGGUAAUUGCCAAGACUCUGCAGCGAGCUAUGAAGUAUCUUAAUGCCACCAACAAAAACCAGAAAAUUGAGGACUUCAACUACACCAACAAAGAACUUGGGAAAAUUUUUCUGGAUGCAAUGAAUGAGACAAACUUCUUUGGAGUCACGGGGCAAGUUGUAUUCAGAAAUGGAGAGAGGAUGGGGACCAUCAAAUUUACACAGUUUCAAGAUAGACGGGAAGUGAAGGUGGGAGAAUAUAAUGCUGUAGCUGAUACACUGGAAAUCGUCAACAACUCCAUCAAGUUCCAAGGAUUAGAACCACCAAAGGACAGAACUAUUAUCCAAAGUCAACUCCGCAAGAUCUCCUUGCCUCUCUACAGUAUUCUUUCAGCCCUCACUAUUCUGGGAAUGAUCAUGGCCAGCGCUUUUUUGUUCUUUAACAUCAGAAACCGAAAUCAGAAGUUGAUAAAGAUGUCCAGUCCCUACAUGAACAAUCUUAUUAUUCUUGGGGGGAUGCUCUCCUAUGCAUCUAUAUUCCUUUUUGGCCUUGAUGGGUCCUUUGUCUCUGAGAAGACUUUUGAAACACUUUGCACUGUCCGGACAUGGAUACUUACGGUGGGCUACACAACUGCAUUUGGAGCAAUGUUUGCAAAAACGUGGAGAGUCCAUGCCAUUUUCAAAAAUGUAAAAAUGAAGAAAAAGAUAAUUAAGGACCAGAAGCUACUAGUGAUAGUCGGUGGGAUGCUGUUGAUAGAUCUUUGCAUCUUGAUUUGCUGGCAGGUUGUAGAUCCCUUGAGGAGGACAGAGGAAAACUACAACAUGGAGCCCGACCCUGCAGGCCGAGAUAUUUCUAUUCUUCCCAUUUUAGAGCACUGUGAAAACACCCACAUGACCAUUUGGCUGGGCAUUGUCUAUGCCUACAAGGGCCUUCUCAUGUUAUUUGGUUGCUUCUUGGCUUGGGAAACUCGGAAUGUGAGCAUUCCUGCUCUGAAUGACAGUAAAUACAUCGGCAUGAGUGUUUAUAAUGUGGGCAUCAUGUGCAUUAUUGGAGCUGCUGUUUCCUUUCUCACUCGGGACCAACCCAAUGUGCAGUUCUGCAUUGUGGCACUAGUCAUUAUAUUCUGUAGUACCAUUACACUCUGCUUAGUCUUUGUUCCUAAGUUAAUCACACUGAGAACAAACCCAGAUGCUGCAACUCGAAACAGAGGCCUCCAGUUCACACAAAAUCAGAAGAAAGAUGACUCAAAAACAUCAACUUCUGUCACCAGUGUCAACCAGACCACCACGACUCGCUUAGAAGGUCUGCAAUCAGAAAACCAUGAGCUGAGAAUGAAAAUUACAGAGCUGGACAAAUCUUUAGAAGAAGUCACUAUGCAGCUUCAGGACACUCCUGAGAAGACCACGUAUAUCAGGCAAAACCACUAUCAAGAGCUCAAUGAUAUUCUCAGUAUAGGCAACUUUACAGAGAACAAAGAUAUUGAGAAAGCUGUAUUGAAAAAUCACCUUGAUCAAAAUCCACAAGCCCCAUGGAAUACCACAGAGCCCUCAAGAACAGGCAAAGACUUUAUAGAAGACAUCAACUCCCCAGAACACAUACAGCGUCGCCUGUCUUUGCAGCUGCCCAUCCUUCACCACGCCUAUUUGCCAUCCAUAGGAGGGAUCGAUGCAAGUUGCGCCAGCCCGUGUGUCAGCCCCAACUCCAGCCCCAGGCACAGACACAUGCCGCCCUCUUUCCGUGUGAUGGUCUCUGGCCUGUAGCAACGGGGGAUCAGAGCUUCCUGUACUGCUUUUAGUACUUAAUGACUGGACUGAACAUCUUGUAUCAAACACUUGCCUUCUACAGAAUCCUUACUCUUAUCACAGAGGAAUAAGUGUUGCAAGGCCAUUGUCAAGGAUGGAUCAGCUUCACAGCGGUGGAAAAGCAGGCCAAAUGGAGCAGGUUCCCCAGAGGUUGAUCUGUAGCCUUACUUGUGGACAUUGUUAUUUCUGCACGAAGAAAGUAACCAAACCAUGUCUCUUCCCAAAUGCCUCCUGGUGGCUAAAAACAUAACCUUGACACUCGCAAAAAAAAGACAACAUGAACGCCACACCAGUGUCGCGAAGCUUUAUGCAGCUACUGAAAACAUUGAGCCAUGUGCAAAAAAAAAGAAAAAGGGGGGAAAGUGCGAGAGAGGAAUCAUACCUGAGAUCUGUCAGCUGAAAUGGCUAAUGUUUGUUGUGCAGGGAUUACUCACAGCUGUUUGAGGCGGUUGGCACUAGUUAGCGAGGCUGACGUUUAUUUCUGGGCCUUUGUUCAAGAGGGGGGGACCCUCCCAGCUGUGGUGGCACUAAGACUUGCACUUGGCCGAGCUCCACUACGCCUGCAGCUCACGUGAGACAGCCCAGGUGGAGCAGCUGAUAAAAGAGUCCAUCCAAGAGGAGGUCUGCACAGCCGCCUCUUCUGCUGAGAGAUGGGUCCUAGUGCCAACCAUCUGUGUGCAAACUUGGGGCCAGUGGCUGAGGACAGGUAGCCAAGUCUUAGUGUCAUAAGAUGAAUGGUGGUGGUUGUCCCCUCCCCUAAGUUGGCUUGAUUUAAACCACAGCAUCAUUGCAGUACAGUGAAUUCCGCAGGAGGGGCGGGGGCGGGGCGGGGGGGCUGCUGCAGCCAAAGUUUGCAGAGCCACAGCCCCUUGUUUUGUACUUGUGUGUGUGAGCGGCAGCGGGAUCUGAACAUCAGCCAGUCUGAAUUGUGUCUGCUGGGAUAGUGUGUGUGCUUGUGUUGCGUGUGUGUGCGUGCGUGCAAGUAGAACCUCCUUUCCUUCAAAUUGGGAAAAAAACAAAUGUUUUAAACUCAGAGAGUUCAUCCCCCCUCUGACAAACUCACCAGGAUUUCUGCCAGUCUGAAGACUAACAGGAUUUGAACCAAGUGCAGCCCUGCAGGUUGGAGCCAAAGAGGAACCCCUCCCCCUUUUUUACAACUACAUGGCAGAGAGACUUUUCAGCUGGCGAGGUCCCCUCUGGGCCCCCCACUGCACCAGCGGCAAGUGCCGCACCUGCUGAAGCCCUUCCUCCUACGCAGCUACACAUCCACAACUCGAGAACAUGUCUGCUGCUCCCUGCUCCCCCUUCUUCUACAGCACGUAUGAGCCAAGGAUGAUGCUCAAGCACAUGCCUUACAUGGUGAGCCUAAUCUUAUGUGCAUGUUUAAGCCCUGGUUCACACUGCAUCCGUCUUGCCCACGUAGUAGCCGUGCAAAAGGGGCAGAGGCACCUUUUGAAGCCUGGUGCUGGAACUGGCUGAAUGCCGGCAGUGGCACGAGAGAGGCGGUGUUGUUGUCUACAGCACUGCCCUAUCUGGUUCACCGGCUGCAGCAGAUUCCUUGAAAAAGGAGCAAGACCUAUUGUGUCAUCAGAGAUUCCCAUGGGACACAGAAAACAAGCCGCAGCUCCUUGCUCAAAGCUGAAGGCCGUCUGUCACUCCAGUUCUAGCCCCAGAUGUUAGAGGCCUGCAGGGAGUGCAACAAUGCUUGAAGUCAGAACUAGAGUUUCCCCCCUAAAUUUUGUGUCAAAGCUUUCAAAAGAGGGGCGUGGCUGCCACGAUGGCCCCUCCCUGCCCUAUGCCCUCAGAUGACUCCCAAGUCCAGCAGUGGUGCUGGAAGAGAGGUGAUCAAACAAGUCACUGCAGCUGACUUCAAUGCCUCCUUCCCGGUUCUCUCACCUGCAAAUCUUAAUCCACUGGGGGAGGGGCAAAAUCUCUCCCAGAACACCCCUCACUACCAAGAAGUCAUGGAGGCACCAGGCAGUGUUAGGACAACAGAGUGUUACGUCUACCACAUGGAAGUAGAUCACAUUACUCCGUUUGAGCACUAACCACUGAAGGUGUCGUCUGGUGUGUGUGUGUGUGUACGUAUGUGUGUUGACAGUAUUCUCUUAAUUUAUUAAUAAGACUUCAUCAGGACUUUAUUGAAUACAAAACUACUUUUCGAAAAAGGACAAUAAUACUGUAUAUAAUGUAUACACAAAUUUCUGUAGAAAAUAUUAUUCCAACAUAGCAGGAAACACACACAAAAAAAUCAAGAAGUAUUGGACUGUUGGCAGUGAGUGUGUGUCUGUAACUCUUUGUGAAUACUGACUGUGUGCUGUUUAUUAGGUUUAAAUCAUGCUGUACAUCUUUGUCUCAAAUGCAACCGUAGUUUCUCCCACAUUUUUUAAAAAAAUGUCCUGCAGAAAAAUAAGAUCCACAAAGUGACUAUAGCUAUUUAAUGGUUGUUUCUUUUCUUUUUUAAAUACAACAGCAAAAAUGUACUGUAGAAAUUUAUGAUGAGGCUGUGCCCCGAUGGCAUCUUCCAAUAAUGUUAGUGCACAGAUGCUUUAACCUAGACUGGAACUGCCAGAACUUAAAACAAAAAAGUACAUGGAACCUUUCUUGUAUACCCCUUAUACUGCAUGGAAAUUCAAUUUUUAACAAAUUGUUGCAAAAAAAUCUGUUUUACUAAUAAAAUAGAGAAAACCUGA